AUGGCUUUUGUUGCGGACGAAUUCUUUUCUGGGAUGGAUGUGACAACCUCCAAUGAAUGGGUUGACUUCGAUCAAUUCCUCGAUCUCCCUUCAGGCUACGACGACCAGUCGACCGCCACUACCGUCUCACCUCAGGACCUAGCUCUGCCUUACGAGGCAGAUGGGAUCUUCACCUCUCCGUCUGAUUUCAUGCAAUCCUCCUUCGACAUGACCAGCUAUGAUCUCCCACAAGAAGACUUCAUGGGAAUGGAUGGAGGUUCUAUGCCGGACCCGGCUGCUCCUUUGUUUGAUGAUGCUGCGUUCUUGGGGUACAACCCAUACGACAGCAGCAACACAUUCCGGAACCUAGUUGAGGCGCAGGCCGCCGCUGACCCCCGCGUUGCUACUAUCAAGGAGAAGCGCCGCGAGGCAGCCAUUGCGCUGCACCUGCAGCGCCUUUGUGAUGCCACUGCUCUUGACUUAGAUAUGUCCUCGGACUCCAACACCAGUUUCUCGUCCCCGAGCUGGUCAGAAUACGUUCGCGGGAGCAGCUCUCCGCACCCUAGCCCAGAGCAUGCAUCUGUCUCUGAGGCACCUCCUCCGGGAGGCAUGGAGAUGGUUCUCGACUUGAACAUGAACGCCGCUGCCAAUGUGCCUAAGAAGCAGAAGCCUCGCUCUCAGGCACAGAAGGAGAACUACAUUAAGGCACGGAAGUACGGUGCUUGUGAGAAGCACAAGAAGCAGCACAAGCGAUGCAACUGCCUGGAGAAGGCUGCUGCUCGUGCCAGUGCCAGCGAUGUUCCGAUGAACGCCGCAUUCCAGGAAAGGCCGAGGCAGCCAAUGCUCCAAGUGCCGAUCCCAGAGGCGCGCUACUCUGACUCGCCGGGUCACGACACAUCAUUCAACCUACCUCAAGCGCUUCCAACCAUCAAGGCGACCAGGAAACUAGCAAGCAGCUUAUCUAGAAUCGAGCCAUCCGUGGGACUGCCUGUUGCGGGACCAAUCGCCAAGCAAAUUGUCAGGACGAAAAUUCAAAAGAGUACGCCGUCGGGACACGAUAUUGUUUCGCUAUCUGGCAAGAAUAUCGCGAACAGCUCAUCCUUGGGUGAGGAGAGACAAGAGAGGAUCUCAAGGAACACAGGAAGUGGACAACCCCACGAUCCCUGCAGUUCAGGUACACCUCGGCCGGUUCAUGUGGCUGGGGUGCCAUCUGGCAGCUCCAGCUUGCGCUGGCGUGUUUCGACCUCGUCGGUUGGUGUUGUAUGUUCAGAGAAGUCUGACGUCAAGACGACAUCCUCGACGAACCAUGCAACUGCUGGCGUUCGUCGCACUCCAGGUCUGGAUGUACACCGAACGAGGCCCACCCGCACGGUGGAAAGAUCCGCGGUGCCAGGUACUGUUGCUGGCAACCUUGGAAUGCGCCAUUCCGCAUCGCUCGUGCAAAACUCUGGAAUCCAGGUACCUGGACCGGAUCACAGGAGAAUUUCAGAGGGGCUUGCCAAGCAACUCGCAAUACUCUCUGGCCUGCAGUCCGUGCCGAAGGAUCUACUGGUCUCGCCGGCUCGGCGUGGAUCACCAGGUCUCUCUGGAAACGGAUCACCGGAUCACUUCGAGUGUCGGCCACUGCUCAUCAGUGGAAAGGGUCUCCUUGCUCGGCCAGUUGCUGAAAGUGUCGGUUGCCUGCUUUCCAAUACUGCCUUGGCAUUUGCUGGUGCCUGGCAAUCAUCGCUGUCUCUGGCCUCUGGGUUUGAGGGCAUGGUCUACAAAUGUCUGUCUCUGUUUGGCCGGCAUGUUGUGUCUGCGAAGGGCUUACGUCUGGGCGGACUGCGGAAAGCUUGGUGUCUAUGA